AUGACGGCUCUUACCCCUCAGAGCGACAUGCCGACCCCUACCACGGACAAGAUAACCCAAGCUGCAAUGGAAACCAUAUACCUUUGCAAAUUCCGCGUCUCUAUGGAUGGCGAAUGGCUCUGCUUGCGUGAACUUGACGACAUUUCGCUUACGCCAGACCCUGAACCUAAUCCUGAAGAUCCCAAUUACCUGAUGGCCAACGAACGUAUGAAUCUCAUGAACAUGGCAAAGUUGAGUAUAAAGGGCUUAAUUGAAUCUGCGCUUAAUCUGGGGCGGACCCUGGACUCUGACUAUGCACCUCUGCAGCAGUUCUUUGUGGUUAUGGAGCACUGUCUAAAGCAUGGCUUAAAAGCUAAGAAGACAUUUCUUGGGCAGAAUAAGUCCUUCUGGGGCCCUCUGGAACUAGUGGAGAAACUUGUACCUGAAGCAUCAGAAAUCACAGCUAGUGUGAAGGAUCUUCCUGGUCUCAAGACACCUGCAGGUAGAGGGCGAGCCUGGUUACGAUUAGCACUGAUGCAGAAGAAGCUCUCAGAAUACAUGAAAGCCCUUAUUAACAGGAAAGAUCUGCUAAGUGAAUUCUAUGAGCCAAAUGCUCUAAUGAUGGAAGAAGAAGGUGCCAUCAUUUCAGGCCUUUUGGUUGGACUCAAUGUGAUUGAUGCUAACUUCUGUAUGAAAGGGGAAGAUUUAGAUUCUCAGGUUGGGGUCAUUGAUUUUUCAAUGUACCUAAAAGAAGGUCCUAUAGCAAAAUGCAGUGAAGGAGAUGGACAAAUAACAGCUAUUCUUGACCAGAAGAAUUAUGUAGAAGAACUAAAUAGACAAUUAAGUGCCACUGUUAACAACCUUCAGGCAAAGGUGGAUGCACUAGAAAAAUCCAACACAAAGCUAACAGAAGAGCUUGCAGUGGCAAACAACAGAAUCAUUACCAUGCAGGAGGAGAUGGAGAGAAUGAAAGAGGACACUACAUACUUCUCCAAGAAUUUAUUUCAGGGUAAUAAACAAGACAGGACUGCAGAUGGGCAGAUGCUAAGCGAAGUCAGGAAACACUUAAAAGAAGAAACUCAGUUAAGAUUGGAUAUAGAAAAAGAACUAGAAGUGCAGAUAGGAAUGAGACAAGAGAUGGAGAUGGCCAUGAAGAUGCUGGAUAAGGAUGUUUGUGAGAAGCAAGAUGCACUAGCAGCUCUCAGACAACAACUUGACGACCUCAGGGCCUUAAAGCAUGAACUCUCCUUUAAACUGCAGAGUUCUGAUCUGGCAGUGAAACAGAAGACCGAGUUAAACAGCCGCUUAGAAGAAAAAACCAAUCAGAUGGCUGCCACCAUUAAACAGCUGGAGCAGAGUGAAAAGAAUUUGGUGAAGCAGGCAAAAACCUUGAGUAGCACAGCGAGUAAGCUACUACACAAGCAGCAAUAG